GAACAGAGGACUAGUUCCCCAGAGGAAGAUUCGGAAUCCGACUAUGACGAAGAAGUACCGGAUAUGUCGACGUUGUUCACCAGUGUUAGGGGUAACCCGCCGGAGGAACACCGCGUCCGGUUUUAUCUAGGCAAAGUCGCCGAGGACAAGCGCGAUGACCUUCGGCGGAAGAUCGAGGAGCAUGGAGGGCGUAUCAUCCCUACGCAGCCAAGUCCUGGCAAUAUUUAUAGGGACUUCAAGAAGGCAUACGUCGUACUCGUGGAGCAUGAUCAGUUACCGGCAAUGAAACGCCUGUACAAUUCCUCCUGCAACGUAUGGGCCGAAAUGUCCAACUUCGUGGAUUAUUGUAUCCAGACUAGGAAGUACAAGCAUGCCCCAGACUACGCCAAUGACCAGUCUACGCGCGUGGCCUUUACCCCGGAGGACGAGAGAAAUCUCGUCAAUUGGAUAGCUCUUAGAAUGCCAUAUCCUGAGCACCCCCGCAUGGGUGACAAGGAAUAUCAAGAUCUCUGCAAAUAUGCGUCCACCAAUCAUAAUCAGUGGGCCAAAAGGCAUCCUUGGCGCUCGUGGCGUGAACGCUAUAGAGCUCAUCAAGAAAGGCUGGAUCAGGAUAUCGCUGAUGUGGUCGCGAAAUAUCCACCCGACACACACGCGAAAGGUAUGGCUCCGAUGACGGGUCAGAAGGGGCGGUCCAGGAGGGGCCGGCGGGAACUGCACCGCGAGUCGGAUGAGGAAUACAUCGAAGGAGUUUACGAUAACACCAUGGCAACCGAGAAUGAGCCACAGCCUCACACAAGGCAACGACCAAGCCGCAGGCAGCACAUAGCGCCACGGGACAAUCGCAAUGGCCGUCACAACGAUACGAUGCCAGAGGCGGAAGAAGAAGAGGAACAGGAACAGGAAGAGCAGGAACAGGAAGGGCGUGAACAGGAAGUGGAAGUGGAAGGGCAGGAAGAAGGGCAAGAGUCCGAACAAGUGGAGGAACACGACCAAGAUGAGGAGUACGAGCAGAAUGAGGAGCACGAGGCAGAGCACGAGCACGAGCAGGCACCGGUGCAGGCCUCCCUUAAGCGUCGUGCAAGGGGAUCCGAGCGGAGCGACGGCGAACAGCCCCGGAGGCCUCAGUAUGCCCACGUUGAUCUGCGGGACGAUGCUGGUGCCCCGCCCGAGAAACGACGCAGGGUGUCACAGCCGAUGGCCCACGAGACUCCCCCUCAGAGUAAGAACGAGAAGGAUCAAGAUGAUGGACAGACCGAUCAUAUCGCUCACGAGUUCGAACUGGGGCCCGGUCAAGGACUCCAGACUCCUUACAUUGACGAGGAAGACGAGGAAGACGAGCUCGCCGAUGACGACCAGGACAUGGACGACGAUGGACCAGGCGAGUACGACGAAAACGUUGUAUUCGAGUCAGGGGAUGAUGGAGCAGAGGAGCCAUUCUACCAAGUGGCCGAAGAUCACGACGCCAACAUGGAUCAGAUCGCCGCCAUGCUCGAUGGUCAGUUGCCGAUUGAAGACCAAGAGAUGUAUGAUCAGGAAGAGAUCGAACAGGAUGACCAUGAAGAGAUUGAAGAGGAGCCAGAACAGGUUGUGCAAGUGACAGCUGCUUCUCGUCGGCGUGCUGCAGCUCAAGUCGAGGUCGUCGUCGAGAAGAAGGGCAAAGGACGUGCUAAGUCCCAUCGUUCACGUUUCGCCAAUGUUGUCGACGCGGAGCCACCCUAUCGCAACACUCGCUCUCGUUCCCAUUCAGUCGAACCCACCGUUCAGCAGACAGCACAUUCCGGCAAGUCAACUGAUGUGGUGGCGAAAAUGCAGCCUAUCGACGAGAAUGGGUUGGAAGGACAGGCCGAGGACAUUGGUUCUGAGGACGACUCUGACGAGGUUCACGGGAUAAUUGAUGGACCUAACGCUGAAAGACAGCAAUCACUGUCUCUGAGCGACGAUGACCUCCAGACUUCGCACCGCCUCUCCACCAGCACGCGUCUUCCCCCUGUCUCUCCUCUCGACGAAUCUGAUGAAGAAUAUCUUCCCGAUUCCAAGACUCUGAUCCGCGAUGUAUUGUCGUCGCCCAUCCAUGAUGAACGAGGGAUAUCUUCCGCUCUUCCGUACACCAAAAUGGCCACCACUAUUAGACGUUCAAGUGCUACCUCAGGAACGGAUGGACGCUAAGAAUAGCAAUAACGUUGUCAGGAACGAUGGUGCAUCCUCUGAUGUGCCGUCGCCGAAUACAAGAGAGUGCGUAGAAGAGGACGGAUUGGUCGGAGUCGAGGAAGGGGAACGGAAGUCUUACACAUAUGCGCCGGGUGCGCGUGCUGCGAAGCUUGGAUCACGGAGGACCGGUCGGGGAAGGUGAAACCGGUAGGAUCAUGUUAUAAUGAUUCCUCUAAGGAAGGUUGAGUAGAUGUAUUUAGCCUCUCAAGCAUGUUUAUUCUUCAUGGCCAAUGAUUUCUC